AUGGCUGAAAAACCUGUCACUACCAUCAUUAGGAAUCUGCCUGUUGACACCUAUCUCCCUGAAACUAAGGCCUCUUCAGCUGUGUUUACUCAAUACCCUUCUAUGGUAUCCACUAUGGACGUAUCGAUUUCUUCACCGCGUGACAAAUCUUCUUCUGAGGAACAACUUGCUCUACGUGCGAAUGUAACACACUUGGAACACUAUUCAGGCACAGAUUCUUCUGCUUCUAGUCCUUCUAGUGUCAAGAGGCAGAAGUUGGAACCUUCCAAUGACGGUGCCUUUAUGCCGACAGCAACAACAGAUCCGUCUGAGGUCAUAGAUCUUACUGCUGGAUCUGCAGGGAGUUCUGAUGACAGUUACGAUGAUGUCGAAGGUCAGCCGAGUCAGAAAAUCUUGGAUGACCAAGUUAUCAACACCUCUGUAUAUCCACAGUCUAAUCACAACUCUACGACGACGACCACCACCACGAGGAAUAACAACGAUGAUAAUGACGAUGUGGUGAUUGUUGGUGAAGUCAAGCUAAGUGACGAUGUUGACUCGCAAGGCUAUUCAAAUUAUGAAAUCUCAAGGAGAGAAGAACUAAAUUUACCGAACCAAGGCCGGCCUCCUAUUCAUCACAGUCAUUCAUUAUAUCCUUCUUCAAAGUAUCAGCGAGAGGAUGAAAUUAAUCACAAUAUACCCUAUGAGCUAAGCGCCAAAAAGCUUCGACAAGAUUAUGGUCAUGUGGUUGACGUCACUCAAGGACUCAUAGAUAAAGCAACACAGCUAUAUGAACAAGCGAACGAAUCAGUCAACACUCUUUCGCUUCAGUUAAUGAAAUUUAAGAGAACCCUUAGAGCUCACACCAUGGAAAAUCAAAUGAGGAUUCAAAACAUCGAUCUGCUAAUACUAGACAUGAGAAAGAAAAAUAGAGGUAUGAUGAACGAUACACAACUGUUGCGUCAUAAUAAACACGAACUCCAGCGCGAGUGGCGAUAUAAGUUGGGAAUGAGAGACUCUCUAAUAGAAAAUGGUCAUCUACUUCCGGCAUAUAAGCGACCUCCUGCUAGAGAUAUGCGAAGGGUCAACUUGGGUGUUUUCCAGAGCAACUUUCACCACUUACAGCAUCGCUUAAUGCAUUUAAACGAGACCACACAUAUUGAAGAGUUGCUUAGCCAAGUCAAAAAUGAAGAUCGAUCAUAUAGAGGAUCUUACAACAAUAUUCGUGCUUUGGGUGAGACCGCAGGAUCUGCGUACAUGGACAGAACUGCCGAUAAUUCUGUGUCAGAACCUCAAAUUGUAUCUGUCAGGGAGAUUACCAAUAUUGGUAAUGCCACAGAUAGUAUUCCACGGCCUAAUGACUUUCGGAGGCCAGAUUGGUGGAAUGAUGAUGUAUUCAAGAGCUUGGAUAACGACGUUUCUACGGCAGAUUCCUACCAACGGAAUCAGCUGCAGGAAGAAGAUGCUAUGCGGUUUGCUUCAAAUCCGUAUCUUUAUAACUCGAACGUUUAUCAGAGUGAUGAGGCUGAUAGUUUGAGGAAACUAUUGAACAAUAUUAAGCCCGACGAAGAUUUUGAAGAAGGCAUGGAAACAACUCCAAAAGGUAUGCUGGUACCGUUGCUUAAGCACCAACGUAUUGGUUUGGCGUGGAUGAAAUCACAAGAGAAAUCUCAAAGCAGAGGUGGUAUUCUUGCUGAUGACAUGGGUCUUGGUAAGACCGUCCAAACUUUGGCUAUUAUGCUACUUAAUAGGUCCGAAAAGACCGGAUGUAAGACAAACUUGAUCGUGGCCCCAGUUUCCUUACUUCAACAGUGGGCACAAGAGGUUCGACUGAAGGUGAGUGGCGAGAGUGAUUUUAAAUGCUAUGUAUACCACCAGUCAAAGCGUGCCAAGAGUUUUGAAGAGCUUCAGAAGUACGAUAUCGUUUUGGUGUCCUACAAUACGCUUGCGUCUGAGUGGAAAAAGCAUUAUGCAUUAGCUAUUUCUGAGUUGAGGCGUAAGAAAAGUGCCGAUAUUCCUAAAGAUGGAGGCGAAACCUACCGGUCUCCAUUCUUUACAUCUGACGCUAACUUUUACAGAAUCAUUCUUGAUGAGGCACAGAACGUGAAGAAUAAGCUUACCAACGCCUCUCGGUGCGUGGCAACUUUGAGGGGAGAUUUCAAAUGGUGUCUCUCGGGUACUCCGAUUCAAAACCGUAUUGAGGAGCUGUACCCGCUACUUAGAUUCCUUCAAAUACAACCUUAUUGCAAUGAAACGCGAUUCAAAACGCAGAUUGCGGCACCAUUGAAGACGGGAUGGCAGAACGAUCGAGCAUACAAGAAACUACACGCUUUGCUAAGUGCCAUUUUAUUGAGGCGUACGAAAGAUUCAGAAAUUGAUGGUAAGCCUAUCCUUGAGCUACCCGAGAAGCAUAUAAUUAAGGACGAAGUGCUGAUGACGGAUAAAGAGUCGGAUUUCUAUAAGAAUUUGGAAUCCGAAUCUGCAAAAAAGGCUCAGACUCUAAUGAAUUCGAAUAAUCAUAGCGAAGGUAGCAAUGUAUCGAACUACAGCUCAAUUCUUACACUUUUGCUUCGUAUGAGACAGGCAUGUGAUCACUACUACUUGGUGAAGAUCAGUGAAGACAAGCAGAGAACAGCUAAGAUGGAAGACAUCCGUGGUCAGUUCAAGUCGUGCAAAACUUUUAAGCCGAAUGUGAUUGCACGGGUGGAUAAUGAACGUGAAAACGAGCUUACCUGCCAGAUGUGCCACGAUGUCUUACCUGAGGAGAAUGCUUAUAUGCUAAGUGAAUGUGGUCAUAUCGUGUGCCGGGACUGUAUCGUUCCGUUCUUUGACGAAAACUCGGACACCAGCUGGGAUGGUGACCGGUCCGCCAAAUGCCUCCUAUGUAGAACUCCUAAUCUUGAGAGUGCAAGUGUGAGCUUUGCUGUAUACGAUGCCACUCUUAAAGAGAAGUUGAACUGGCAGCAGAUGAGGAAGAAGUUUGGUCUUGAGAACAAGGCUAGUGACAAAAAUUACCGUGCUGAGAAGAUUAAGGAGUUGAUACGAGAAGAUGGUGGUAAAAUUAUGGUAUCGGCAAAGGUGGCUAAAUGUAUUGAGCUAGUGAAACAGAUUUUGGAAGAUGACCCAAAUGAGAAGAUUAUCAUUUUCAGCCAAUUCACUACAUUCUUUGACAUCCUACAGAUUAUUUUGUAUGCUAACGGCAUAUCAUACUUGAGAUACGACGGUACUAUGGACGUCGACACGAAAAACAAAACAGUUUCUCAAUUCUACAAUGAUUCAUCAAAGAGAAUUCUUCUCCUUUCAUUGAAAGCGGGUAACGUUGGUUUGACGCUAACGUGCGCCAAUCACGUGAUCUUGCUCGAGCCAUUCUGGAAUCCUUACGUUGAAAGACAGGCACAGGAUAGAGUUCAUAGAAUCUCGCAGACAAGAGAAGUGUUUGUUCAUAGAAUAUUGGUUCGUGGCACAGUUGAAGAUAGAAUCAUGGAAUUACAAGAAAAGAAAGAGAAGGUGGUAGAGACGGCGCUUGAUCCGAAGGGAAGACAAUCCGUGAAUAAGUUGAGUAUGCCGGAGUUGAGGUACUUGUUUGGACUAAACGGAUUACCUCAAGCAGCAUAA